AGGGCUACUCCUUUCUUUACCCUUCUCACCAACAAACCUGCAACUCACAAAAAACACAAAUAUAGCCGCCAAUCCCCCCCACCCACACCCGCCGCACCACCCACGAAAAAAAAUAAAAAAAUGUCAAAAUCGUCGUCGGUAGAUCAAAAUCUGCACGACGGAGACGGUGACCUUCGGUCACCGCUUAUUGCCGACGGAUAUUCAAAACCAAAAAAAGUAACAAUGGAUCAAAUGUUGGAAAAAUACUGCGGCGAUUUUGGUUGGUGGCAAUUUAGACAUUUUGUAUUAACGAGCUUUGCUUGGGCUCUAGAAGGGAUUCACACUAUGGUUAUGAUUUUUGCCGAUCGUGAACCGGGCUGGCAGUGUUCGACAAACCGGUGCGACUCGACUGGGAAAAGUGUGUGCGGCCUUGAAUCGGGUUCGUGGGAAUGGACCGGUGGAGCUGCAAGUUCUACGGUUUCGGAGUUUGGAUUAAUUUGUGGACAGAAAUAUAAAGUUGGGCUUAUCCAAUCCUUAUUUUUCGCUGGCUGCAUGAUCGGUGCUGGAGUAUUUGGACAUCUAUCAGAUUCCAAACUGGGAAGAAAAGGCUCCUUCACUAUAGUUUGCAUUUUGAAUGCAAUCUUUGGUUGUUUAACUGCAUUUUCUUCGGAUUAUUGGACUUAUACCUUAUUCCGCCUUCUCUCCGGUUUCAGCACGGGCGGGACUGGCCUUUGUGCUUUUGUUCUUGCUACUGAACCCAUUGGCCAAUCCUGGCGUGGCGUAGCUGGAAUGUCCACUUUUUAUUUUUUCUCAAUCGGAAUAGCCGCGUUAUCCGCCAUUGCAUAUUUCUUCCAAACGUGGCGAUCUCUCUACAUUGCUUCAUCGGUCCCAUCUGUUAUAUUCGUUAUCUUAGUACUGCCUUUCAUCCACGAGUCACCUCGUUGGUGCCUCGUUAGGGGGAAAGUGGACGAAGCCAUGAAGAUCAUGCACAAAAUUGCCAAGUCCAACGGUAAACACCUACCCGAUGGCGUUGUUCUCGCCCUCGAUAAUGAAGUGAAUGAUGACGGUCCUAAUUCUCAAUCCGAAUCUAGGGAAGCGCCAAACGGAUCCCUAUUAGAUGUAUUGAGGCUUCCUUUGACUCGAUUCCGGUUAUUUUUAGCUGUGGUGAUUAACUUCCUUUGCUCAGUUGUCUAUUACGGGUUAAGUCUGAAUGCUGUGAACCUCGGGACCAACCUUUACCUCAACGUUGCCCUUAACGCGGUCGCUGAAAUGCCUGCCUAUUUAUUAACUGCAUUAGUGUUGGACAAGCUCGGUAGAAAGCCGUUAGCGAUAUGGACUAUGUGGUUCAGCGGUAUUUUCUGCCUAGCCGGAAGCUUAGCGAAGGGUGAUGGUAUGUGGAAGGUGGUUCGGAUGGUGUGUGGAGUGCUAGGGAUUUUUGGAAUGGCGGGGACUUACAAUUUAUUAUUCGUGUAUUCGAUGGAGUUGUUUCCCACCGUGGUGAGGAAUGCUGCGUUGGGAUGUGCAACGCAGGCAUCCCAGAUGGGGGCGAUUUUGGCGCCCCUAGUGGUUGUUUUAGGGGGUGGGAUACCAUUUUUUGUGUUUGCGGUUUGUGGAAUUGCUGGAGGCUUAUUGGUAAUGUACUUGCCAGAGACUUUAAACAGGCCGUUAUAUGAUACAAUGGCUGGAAUGGAAGAAGCUGAAGCAGAGAAACCAAGCAUUAUAUCUUAAUUUGCUGGUUUUUGAGAACUUUUUUUGUUUAUUUUUUAGUUGGUGAAUGUAACUUGAUGUUGGGAGAACUACUUUUGAAUUGUACUAAGAGGAUUACUUGUCACAGAGUAAUAGGGCAAGCUCGAAAUUUUGCCCUAUGGCGAGUAGCGUAAAAAUUACAUAACAUUAUAAUAUCUUCCAAGAAGAAUCAAUCACCAUGUUA